CACGUGGUCGGACGCGAUAAAAUUCUCUACGAUCGUACUCGUUCAUAAACAGGCCGACCGACGAACCGUUCGGUUAUCCUCUUUGUUUGCUCUUCUGCCUUCUUCUUUUCCCUUUGUUUUCAAUUCCCUCACUCUCUCUCUCCCUCCCUCCCUCUCUGCCUCUUUCUCUCUACUCUCUUUAAUACAAUUGUUCUUCGUCUUUCCUUACAGUCGCAAAGUUUCUCUCUAUCCGUCUGUCUCUCUAUUUUCUCCAAGUGCAUCCUUGUUCUUUCUCGUUUCGCGUGUCUCAACAAUUUCUAUAUCUUCCUUGUGAUUUUUUCUUUUCUUUUUCUUUUUUUUUUUUUUUCUCUUCUUCUUCAACGAGGAUUUUUCACCAUGACGUCGAAUAACAUACGAAGUGAAUUUAGAAAGAUGGUUCACGAGGAAGGUGCUAUAAAAAAAACCAUCAUCACUGGAUUAGCCGAGAUGAUGGGUACAUCGUUAUUGGUGUUCCUUGGAUGCAUGGGAUGUGUUAGCGGUCUUGGUGUCGUCCCAUCUCAUUUACAAAUCACUUUAAAUUUUGGCCUAAGCGUUAUGAUCGUCAUACAGUGCUUCGGACACAUUAGUGACGCUCACGUUAAUCCCGCCAUCACAGUAGGUUCAGUGGUACUCGGCAAGAAAAGUAUUCCAGAGGCCUUGGUUUAUUUGUUGGCUCAAACGUUAGGAGCCAUCUCGGGUUAUGGCAUGUUAAGAGUAGUUACACCUGCGGAGAAUUUAACAUUGGGAGGAAUAGAUGAUGCCGACAAAUUAUGCAUCACCGAUCUCCAUCCUAACGUAUCGGCGAUUCAAGGACUCCUAAUCGAAAGUUUAUCUACAUCUAUUUUGAUGUUGGUCUCAUGUGCCAUUUGGGAUUUGAGAAAUGAGAAAAAUACGGAUUCUGUGCCGUUAAAGUUUGGUUUUACGGUUGCAACCUUAGCCACGGCAUUUGGUCCUUAUACGGGUUGCAGUAUGAACCCAGUGAGAACAUUGGGACCAGCUGUUUGGAACAAUCAAUGGAGUCAUCAUUGGAUAUACUGGUUUGGUCCAAUCGGAGGUGCCUUAUUAUCUUCGAUCUCUUAUCGCACAAUUUUCGGUGUUCAACGUUCAGUGGAAGAAGAAAAUGUACCGGAAAGAGUAGCUCUUAAUAGCGUCGACAUUUCUCAGAAAACAGAACUAAAAGAGCAACCUUGAGUUUAUUCGUUAGAAUAAACUCUCAUGGAAACUGGCCAAACCACCAUUGCCGCCAUUUUGAACAACGUUCUUUUCGAGAUUCUCGAAUAUGUGACGUUCAAAAGACAAGAGAGGAAAGUUACGGAAGUUAGCAACAAAAGAUGGGACGAUCUGUUCAAUAGUCACUGACCUGCUAACAAAGUAGAAACAAAAGAAGAGAUGUUAAAUACUGGAAGGAUCAAUAAUUGUUGAAAUAAGUUAUUCCAUUGCAAUAAUCAUACGAUCCCUAAUACUCGUAGGUCAUUUUGACUUGCGUGGACUGAUGAAACAUCAUUUUUCAUAACGAUCAGUUUAUGAAUUUUUUUUCAAUUCAUUUCAAUAUCUCCAUCUUAUCGUUUAGAUUUUUAGAAAUCAUUAAUCUUUUCUGCCUUCUUUUUUUUUUUUUCUUUUUUCUUUAACAAUAAUGAAUAAGUUCAUUCAAUUCGCGCGAAUUAAGAAUAAGAUAUAUUAGAAAUACGUAGAAAAUUUUAUAUGUAAUUUUAUGGUAAAUUGUACGUAAUUUUGCUAUCAUCGAUCACGAUCGAUUUUUCAACAAUCGAUUCAUUCAAAUGAUAGAAGGAAUACGUACUAUGUAUUUAGGUGCACGAUAUUUCGGUCAAUAUUUCUCUUUUUAUUAGACUCAUAAUUUUUUUUAUCAAAGUGGGUUUCCAUAUAAAGUAAUGCUCGCUAAAUAAUGAAAAUAUUGGUACGCCAAACAAUGAGAUACGUUCGCACCAUAUUUUCGUUUUAUAUGCUUUUUAUUAGUAUUAUUUAAAUACUAUCUGCUUAACUUAUGAACUGAUAAAUCAUAUACUCGUUCUACUUUGUUCUACUUUUUUUUUCUUCUUCUUUUCUUCUUGAUCAUCUUUUAUUAAAGAAGUUUUUAGACCGAUGUGCACGAUAAAAAAUUGUAUUUAAGAAGCGUUUGUUAUAUUUCCUCUUUUUUUUUUUUUUUUUUUUUCAUUUUUCUUUUCUUUUUUUGUUCGCCUCGACGAACAAAGAACUUAAUUUUUAAUUAAUAUUUAAGCCUAAUUAAGUUAUACAUCUUGUACAAAUUUUCUUAAUGCAUUGAAAUUCAGUUAAACUUAAUAAUUUUUUACUUAUCAUCACGCGAGAUGAUCUAAUUUUGCCCCUGUAACAAUGUGAAUUUCCAACAACCGUGUAAUCAUGGUUGCAUCAGUCUCAGGCGCAAUCGUUUUACUUAAACUUUUUACUAUUGUUACAAAACAUAAAAAAUUGUCCUGUAAUUCGGGCAAGAAAUUUUGAAAAAAUACAUACAUAUAAUAUCGCCAAGUGAAAAA